UAAAGUACAAAAAAAUUGAGAGUGAUCGGAGUGCAACAAUGGCGAAAAUUUGUAUUUAAAAGGAAGCAGUCAUCCUUAGUCAUCGGCUUUGUGCUGUAAAUCUUGGAAUUGCGAAGCCAGAAACUACACUCUCUCUGUUUUCAGAUUUCAGUCGGAGAAAGCCGAGAUCGAUCAACGUCGUUCAGAUUCUUAAUCGCUGUAAUGGCCGAUCGAGCGCGCGCUACCGCUCGUUCUUUUAGCCUAUGGCUCUCAUCGAAUCCAAGCAAGAGAUGGGGAGAAUUGUUUUUUCUUUCCUAUACUCCAUUUUGGCUAACUCUUUGCUUGGGAAUCAUCGUCCCUUUCAAACUCUACGAGAGUUUCACGGAAAUGGAAUAUAUGGUUCUUGGUUUGGUUGCAGCAGUUCCUUCUUUCUUGAUACCAGUGGUGUGGCCUGGAGAGGCUGACAGGAAUUUGCCUUGGAAAGAGCGUUAUUGGGUAAAGGUUAGUCUAUGGAUAGCAAUCUUCAGCUACGUGGGAAAUUACUUUUGGACUCACUACUUUUUCACUGUUUUGGGGGCAUCUUAUACGUUUCCAUCAUGGAGGAUGAACAAUGUACCUCAUACGACGUUUCUUCUUACGCAUGUCUGCUUUCUAUUGUAUCAUGUCACAUCCAACAUGACUCUUAGAAGACUCCGGCAUUCUAUUGCCGGCUUGCCAGAGCAUAUUCAACGGGCUACCAUGGUUGCAUGGAUUGUGGCUCUCUCAUACUUCGUUGCAUACUUGGAGACUCUGGCCAUUUCUAAUUUCCCUUACUACCAAUUUCAGGAUCGGGAUUCAAUGUACAAAUUUGGCUCUCUGUUCUAUGCUAUCUACUUCUUCGUCAGCUUCCCAAUGUUCUUGAGGAUUGAUGAGAAGCCUGGUGAUCUCUGGGACUUGCAAAGAGUGGCCGUUGAUUCUCUGGGAGCAGCAAUGUUGGUGACAAUCGUACUCGAUCUAUGGCGCAUCUUCCUGGGGCCGAUUGUACCAAUUCCAAAAAAGCGAUGCAGUGAGCCAGGGCUGCCAUGGUUUCUUUAACAAAUCAAAUGAA